AUGGCUGACACCGACGUGGCCAAUUUCUAUAACCUCCCAUCGGAAUAUCCCACGGAGUGGCCGGUGGAGCUCGAUGAAAGCGACAAUUCCGAGGAUGAGGCUCUUGAUCGCCGUGGUUCGCGAUCCCGAUAUUUCGCCCUUGGCCGCAGCAGCAGCGGUCGGAAAGGGCUCACUCUGGGUUCGUUCAACGGGAACAAUGGGAGGGACAAUCUUGUGAAAAUGGAUGAGCCCGAUCCCCUAGGAUCAGGCGAUACUGUCUUCAAGAUUUUGAAGCAAAGAGGAUUAUCAUUGGAUGAAGACAGCCGCUUGCGCAAUCGGUUCUUGCUCUCGUCUACCUCAUUUUCGCCGGCUCUCUUUCUCUCACAAGCACACUCGGAUGCAUCCAUCCAAUCACUCCUAAAAGGACUUGAUUUCCUUUCGCGAUCGAUUGACCAGAAAUCAGCCUCGCUGAAGGUUCUCGUGGAAGCCAAUUUCGAACGCUUUGUUCGAGCCAAGGCGACAAUCGAUAACGUUUAUACAGAGAUGAGAAACCAAGGGAGGGAGCAGAGUUUGUCCGUUCAGCAGGCUCGUCGCAGGUCGGGACAGUUUCGAGCCUAUUCGGGAGGUGCCUCCCCUACACCUACAGCAGAAAUGAGCCCGGGUAAAAACUCCCUGACCAAGGAAAGUGAAUAUGGCAUGAAGGGCAUCCGUGUUCCCUUGGUGGAAGCCUCUGUCAAAGCUGAAGAAGUUUGGGGCCCCGCAUUGGGCGGCCGAGAAAGAGAACAGGCCCUGAAAUCGGUAGUCGAGGCAAUGGAAAAGCACCGCGAUGUCUAUGAAAUAGGCGGAAUGCUUUCGAAGUCCAUUAAGCAGAGAGACUAUGGCUCCGUCUUUGAACAGUACACCAAAGCCAGAACUCUCGCCAAAGACGCCAAGAAUAUUGCAGACACGGCGAUAAGUAAGCGCCAACCAUUGACCGACGAAGAGACGCAUUUGAUCCUGGCUAUGGGAAGGAUGUGGAUGGACGUCGACCAGCAGUUACGGGCGUUUAAACGUGACAUUUGGAGGCGACUCAGUGAUGCACCCACCACUUCGACAACCGUAACAGUAUCUGGACCUGUUGACGAGCAUAUGGAACUGAUAGGCGCCUUGCUGGAGUUGGGUGUAGAUGAGAACCCGAUCUGGGUCUGGCUACUCAGUCGAUACAAUUUCCUCAAAACCAAAAUCACGUCAUUCUGCGAACGCUGCAAAGUCGAAAUAGAAAUUCUAAGACGCAGGCUUGCCAGCGGUGAGAAACCGACUCCUCAAGCACUGGCAUCAUACCUCCGACUGGCGCCACGCGAUAGUUCCAAGGAGGUACAAGCUAUCCUAGACACCGAUCAAGUUAUUGAGCUCUGGGACUGCAUUCAUACCUAUUUGAACCGGCUCUUGUCAUCACAGGGAGGGAUCCUUGGUGAAGUACUUGAUUUUUGGGAAGUAGCACAAUCCUUUAUUGAUGGGAGCAAACAGAAGCUUCUCCCUAUAGGAUUUGAAGGGGAAAGCCGCAGGCAUCACCAACUCUCAGCCACAGACAUGAGCGACCUACAAAAUGGGAUCAUUGAGCUUGUCAAUCUGAUCCGCGAAAGCGUAUUAUCGUUAUUUGCCGACCCGCCGAUGGAGGAUGCCUCCCUCCUCACCUCCCCCAUUUCACCAUCGAGUCCUCAUAGCCCUUUAAACAGAGGAGUGACACCCACGGAAUCCCGCUUCAAGCUUGAUCCGAAAAACAUGAAUUUUCCCACUCCCAAGAGCGGCGAACACUGGGAAGACUAUGCGUUCUGGCCACCAUUUUCCAACUCCCUAAGUGGCAUCCAUUAUUUGGGCCAGUUUUUGGUCAUCAUUGGAACAGCAGCCAGUGAAAUGGCUGCGCUAAGACCGGUGUCAGACAAUGGCAGUGCGCAUGGUCUCCUCAAGACUCUUGUUAGCGUCGCCCGUGAACGUUCGGUGCGUGUGGCAUGCUCUGCCUGGGGCAAAGAUGCAGAAAUCUGCAAGUUCAUGGAGGACUGGACAAGAGACUCAGAGAGUCGGGAUCUGACUAAAAUGCCUGGUCUCUUUGUAGCAUUUGAGAACUCGAUCCUCGGCGGCAUGCAGAAGAUCCUUUAUAUUUCUGAGGCCAUGGUAAAACCCGGCGACGUGGAUGUUGUGACGCAACCUCCUACUAAGCUCCUUCAAAUGGUGCGUACGCAGUUUGUCUCCAGUGUCUACAAGGCCCUCAGUGGUCUUGUCGAGAAUGCAGAACAUCCUGCAUCUCCGGGUGGGGACAACGAAUGGGUUCUUUCUGAAUCUGUGGCGCAUAAUCAGUCCGACAUAUCUGCCAUGUUUGUGACAGACGCUGUGGAUUCGCAGAACAGGAACGUGCGCAUACUUCUCACCCUUUCGAAUAUCAAAGCCCUGCAGACCGAUCUAGUACCUCAGCUAGUCGCAAAUUUCGAGAACUCAUUUUCCGUGAAGUUGACUGAAGAGGCCAAAACCAUCCGUGAUGUGCUCAACCAGAUCGAUGACCGGUUGUUCCAGUCAUACACCAAGCCCACAAUAAACGCAUUGAACACGAUCAUUUUCGGUGGAAUUACUGCCGCCGAUUGGGAGCCACCCACCUCUCGCCCCGACCAAGUCCGCCCCUACGUGUACAACGCGUUGCUGACCCUUGUGCUUGUCCAUACGGAAAUCUCGACUACCAUCCCUUCGAGUGCCACCGUGUCGACUCGCCCGCCCCCGACAUCCACGCAGUCUCCACUGCUCUCUGUUGUCCUUACGCACCUGCUGACUCAGGUCUCUUCGUCUCUCCUGAAUUCUUUCAGCUCGCGGUCCAUAUACACACUCCCGGCACUAAUGCAGGCCACACUCGACACGGAGUAUAUUGCGCAGACCAUGUCACAGUAUUCGACCGAGGAGGCAUCGGCUCUGCAAAGUCAGAUCUAUGUUGAACUGGACCGUCGGACCUCGCAUGAAGCCCGAGCUCGACUUCAGUCAGAGUUGGGCGAAAUGAGGGGCAUUCUGAAAAGGCUGCGGGAGAGAACGAAAGGGGAGUUUGCUUGUUUUAGGAAACCCAGAAGUGGUCAGAAACCACCGGCGUAA